AUGAUUGCACCAGUAGGACAGGCCAACGAUAAUGAGGUGAACCAAGCCAUAAGUUUGGAUAAUAUUUGCAUGCUAGAUGGAUCGUGGACAGCUUCUGACAGAUUUAGUGGAUGUGGAUGGAUCUGGACUAACAGUGCGGAAAACGUGCAACUUAUGGGAACACGAAAUUUCACUCGUUGUGGAUCAGCACUACACUCGGAGGUAGAAGCACUGCGAUGGGCGAUGGAGAAUAUGCUUCAACACUCACCGUGCCAGAGAUUUGGAACAGACUGCAAAGAACUAAUCGCCAUGAUAAAGGAACCUCAGGAGUGGCCAAGCUUCGCGACAGAACUGGAAAAAAUAGAGACCCUGCAGAUUUGUUUCCCGGAAUUCGAGAUCAUCUAUGUGCCACGAUACCGUUCACUCUCCUUAGUCUCCAAGACCUUCCGCUCUCUCAUCUCUUCCCCAGAACUCUACACCGUUCGCUCCCAGAUCGGAAAUACAGAGCCUUGCCUCUGCAUACGCCAAGAGUUACCCACUCAUGAUCGUUGGUACAUUCUCGACCAAACUCUGGUUACUACUACCAACAGUAAUGGUUUGAUUAAGGAUGAGUUUAACUUAUUACCCAUCACUUCGUCCUCUUUAUCAAAGUCAACCACUUUAGCCGUCGGUUUCGAAAUCUAUCAAAUAGGAGGUGACCAGCUGCCAUCAUCCACCGUUCGUGUGCUUGAUUUUCGGACUCGCACGUGGCGUGAUGCUCCUGAUAUGGGGGUAGCAAGGAAAUGCCCCGAGUCUGCUCUUAUAGACAGCAAGAUAUAUGUAGUUGGAGGAGGAACAGAAGAGUCUGAGGUUUUCGACCUAAAGUCUCAGACUUGGAAUCCAUUGCCUAGCCUUAGUGACGACGGUGACUACCCUGAGGUUCAGCUUCGCAGAGGAGAGCUAUUCGCCACCACAAGUAAGCAUAAAAAUGUUGUUGAUCGUAAGCUUAUGUGGUAUGAGCAUGGACACUGGUUCAGUGUUAAGGGUUUGAAAGAUGUGUGUACCAACCCUUAUGUUAACCACCAUACAACAAUUCUGUUAGCUAACCAUGGUGGUGGAAAUAUCCUAGUUAUAUGGGACGAGCCACAUUCUCUCAAGUUUCCCGUGGCUGGGAAGAUGCGGAAACAUGUCUGCAAAAACAGGAGAAUUUGGUGUGCUGUGAUUAAGUUCGAGAAGCGCUUCUUUGGAUUGAAGUUUGAGGUUUGGGGGAAGGUUGUACGGUCUAAUGCUUUGCUUACAGUCCCCAAAUCAUUCAAGUUAUUAAGCUGUGUUACCCUUUAA